CUAGACUUUUCACUUCAGCGCUGACUUCUGAUAGACACAUUCUCAUGUAUUUAAGUAUUUAAAUUUUUUCGAUUUAUUGGUAUUGGUAAGUUGCAGAAAAGAAAAGCAUUAGAACGGUGAUAUCAUAAGUUCCUCAAACUUUUUGUUCUUUAUUUCCUUAUCAUUAUGUCUAAGUCCAAGCCUUCUUUUAAAGUAGCCGACAUUAAGUUGGCAGAAUGGGGACGCAAGGAAAUUACUCUGGCAGAAAACGAAAUGCCUGGAUUGAUGAGUCUUCGUAAAAAAUAUAACACCAACAAAAUUUUGAAAGGAGCAAAAAUCGCCGGAUGUCUUCAUAUGACCGUUCAAACUGCUGUUCUGAUCGAAACCCUUGUGGAGUUGGGUGCAGAGGUGCAGUGGUCAAGCUGCAAUAUAUUCAGCACCCAAGAUCACGCCGCAGCUGCCAUAGCUAAGAGUGGGGUACCGGUAUACGCUUGGAAGGGAGAAACAGACGAAGAAUACAUGUGGUGUAUUGAACAGACCAUUGUCUUUCCAGACGGCAAGCCCUUCAACAUAAUUCUCGAUGACGGAGGAGAUCUUACCAAUCUAGUGCACACCAAGUACCCAGAAUAUUUGAAAGAUUGCAAGGGUAUUAGCGAAGAGACUACGACAGGAGUUCACAACCUGUACAAGAUGUUCAAAGAGGGUACACUCAAAGUACCUGCUAUAAAUGUGAAUGAUUCAGUAACGAAGAGUAAAUUUGAUAACCUGUAUGGCUGCCGAGAAUCCCUAAUUGAUGGAAUUAAACGUGCAACUGACGUCAUGCUUGCUGGAAAAGUGUGUGUCGUUGCAGGUUACGGCGAUGUAGGAAAAGGUUGUGCUCAGUCGUUAAGAGCUUUUGGUGGAAGGGUUAUCAUAACUGAAAUAGAUCCAAUCAAUGCUUUACAAGCUGCUAUGGAAGGUUACGAAGUUACCACGAUGGAUGAAGCUUGCAAAGAAGGUCAAAUUUACGUGACAACAACUGGCUGCAAAGAUAUCAUUCUUGGCCAUCACUUCCUCGCCAUGAGAGAUGAUAGCAUAGUUUGCAACAUAGGCCACUUUGACUGUGAAAUCGAUGUAUCAUGGUUAGAGAAAAAUGCCAAAGAAAAAGUCAACAUCAAACCCCAAGUCGACAGGUACCUGCUGUCUUCUGGAAACCACGUCAUCGUCCUUGCAGAGGGUCGCUUAGUAAACCUUGGCUGUGCUACGGGCCACUCUUCGUUCGUGAUGUCGAAUUCUUUCACAAACCAAGUCCUAGCGCAGAUUGAAUUAUGGACAAAGCCUGGAGCUUAUCCCGUAGGUGUGCAUAUGUUGCCGAAGCACCUGGACGAAGAAGUAGCCAGGCUCCACCUGGAUCAUUUGGGCGUUAAGUUAACCAAAUUGACUCUUGAGCAGUCGAAAUAUUUGGGUGUUCCUCAAAACGGCCCCUUCAAACCCGAUCAUUACCGGUACUAAUAAGGGGUUUUUUGAGGAUUUUUAAAUUCGUACUUAGCCCUUUUACUUAUUUUUAAUUUCUCUUAAACAAUUUUUGUAAGGUAACUAGAUCUGUAGGGCGUACAGUUGAUUUUUAAUAAAGUGUUGAAUACUU